AUGGCGCCGCCGCCUGCCUCCUCCCACCUCCGCCUCCUCCUCCUCCGCCGGCACCGCCUCUUCUCCACCGCCACCGCCACCACCCCCAUCCCCAUCCCCAUCCCCUCCACGCCUCCACCCGCGGCGGCCCCGACCACGGAGUCGGUCCUCUACUCGCUCCGCAGCCUCUCCAAGGAGGACCCGUCCCUCGCGCUCGCCUUCUUCCGCCGCUCCGCCGAGUCGGGCCACCCACUGGGGUCCGCAGCCUACAACCUCAUGCUCCGCACCCUCGCCUCCCGCCCCGCUUCCGCCGCGCACCACUUCUGGCCCUUCCUCGCCGACAUGGAAGCCGCCGGUCACUCCGUCGACCAGGGCACCUACCUCGCCGCCCUCGCCUCCUUCAAGAAGGCCAGCCUCAACGCUGACUACGCCUCACUCGCCGACCGCCUCGCCAAGGCCAGGACCGACGCCCACCCCGUCUCUGCCGCCGUUCUCCAAGAGCAGGAGGAGGAGGAUGGUUCGCUCGAUAAGAGGCUGGAGGGCGUCGAGCUCACGGAGACCGCCGUCACCAAGGUCCUCCGGGAGGUGAGGGACCACCCGGCCAAGGCCCUGGCCUUCUUCCGGUGGGCCGGCCGGCAGAACUGCGGCUACAAGCAUGAGUCCGCCGCUUACAACGCCAUGGCCAGGGUGCUCGGCCGGGAGGAGUCCAUGCGGGAGUUCUGGGACCUCAUCCAGGAGAUGAAGGCUCACGGGAUGCACCUGGACAUCGACACCUACGUCAAGCUCUCCAGGCAGUUCCAGAAACGACACAUGAUGACCCAGGCCGUGGAGCUCUACGAGCUCAUGAUGGACAGCCCCUACAAGCCGUCCCAGGCGGACGGGCCGUUGCUCCUCAGGCGCAUCGCCCUAGGGCCGUCGCCUGAUCUCGAGCUGGCCUAUCGAGUAGUGAGGAAGUACGAGGCCGUGUAUGAGUUCAAGUCCAAGGACGUGUUUGAUGGGAUCCACAGGGCUCUUACCAGCAACGGCAGGUUCGAUGAGGCCGCCGAGGUCAUGUAUGAUAUGAGAGCCGCCGGCCACCAGCCAGACAACAUUACAUAUAGCCAGCUGGUGUUUGGCCUAUGCAAGGCCAACAAGUGCGAUGAGGCUCGCAAGGUGUUUGAUGAAAUGGAGGCUGAGGGUUGUGUGCCCGAUCUCAAGACCUGGACCAUGUUGAUCCAAGGGCAUUGUGCGGCUGGGGAGGUGGACAAGGCUCUGCACUACUUGACAGAAAUGAUCGAGAACAACUUGGACGCAGAUGCUGAUUUGCUGGAUGUCAUGGUCAAAGGCCUGUGUAACCAAGACAAGGUUGAUGCCGCUCACACGCUGUUUGUUGAGAUGGUGGACAAGGGCCAGUUAAGCCCUUGGCAGAACACUUACAAGCAUAUCAUUACCGAGUUGCUCAGGGUCAAGAAACUCGAGGACGCACUGGGGCUUCUUAAAUCAAUGAAAGCCCGCAAGUUUCCACCGUUUGCAGACCCUUUCCCUCCUAAAAUUGCCCAAUACGGGACCCUUGAAGAUGCUAGGGACUUUCUCAAGGCCUUGAAAGGCUCAGUGAAUGCCUAUCCGGCAUACACUGUCUAUCUGCUAAUGUUCAAGUCAUUCUUUGCGGAGGGGAGAUAUUCAGAAGCUCAGGAUCUACUGUACAAGUGCCCUUUCCAUAUCCGCAAGCAUCAUGAAAUAACCAAGCUGUUUGAAUCAAUAAAAGCCAAGACUACUUAACUCAAGCAUGGAAAACACACUAGCUAGCUGCUAUUUAGUAAGCUUGGUGCUCAUGGGUUUCUACAUGGUACUUUAUUGAUUGUAACACAGAUAUUUUAUUGAGUUAUCUUUUAUCCC